AAAUACCUACGGGGCUCAAAAGGAGAACACGCCUUUGGGUACCCGAGUUUCAGUCGGGGCGGGAAACGGGCGAUUUUGGGAGGCCCGAAGGCGAAAAUUAGGAAACCUCCUCUUUCCCUCUCUCUCGGUCCUGUGGAAACCCUAGGCGGUCCGAAACCCUUCGGCUCUGCUUCGCCCCGUCGCCGAUGGUGCUCGCGGCGGAGGAGUUCUUCCACGAGGAGGAGGUCGAGCACCCCGUGCGCUACCUGCCGCUCGGCCGAGUGUACUCCUCCUCCGUUCCCUGCGUCAGCCCUAGCGGAUCCUCCUCCGUCGCGUCCAAGAAGGUGAAGACCAGGAUGACCGGCGAGUCGGCGGGCGGGGGCGAGGAGGUGGGUUGGAAGGAUAAGCCCUCGGAUGUCGGGCCUGUGGGAAUGUGCAAUGGUGACGCCGCGAAGCCGUUACUGGUCUACCAGCGGAGGGCUAAGCGUCCCCGGAUCGAAUCGGGUUCGGAACAGUCGGGUAAGGGAGAUGAUAAGGGGAGGCUCGACGCCGCGGCUGAGUCGCUCGGGGAUGUGAGGAUUGUUAAGGCGAGGACAUGUAUGAAGUACGAAUUGCUUAGGUUGGGAUCUGGUUCCGGUUCUUUGAGCGGCAUGUCCGGGUUGCGAUUGCGAUCAAAUGAAGGCCGUAAGAGGGUCAAUUUUUCUGAGGUGAGAAAGAACGUUCAUGGUCCUCAGAAGGAUUCUUCUGGGUGGAGCAAAGUGAAAAAAUGGGUAGAGUUGGAAAUUGAAGGCGUAGAUCCGCAUGCAUUGAUUGGUUUGGAAUGCAAGGUUCUCUGGCCUAUAGAUGAUGAUUGGUACAAGGGUUCCAUCACGGAGUACAAUUCAAACACCAAGCAGCAUAGAGUUAAAUAUGUGGAUGAUGAUGUCGAGCAUUUGAUUCUCUUGAAUGAAAAGAUAAAGUUUCAUUUAUCUUGUGUAGAAAUGAAAGAUUUAUGUUUGAAAUGUGGUGUCCCCAAUUUAGAGAAGAAAGGCCUCAAUUACAAUGAAUUGCUGGCUUUAGCACUUAACUUUCAUGAUUGUCAAGGUCUUGAACCAGGUGAACUUGUAUGGGCAAAACUUACAGGGCAUGCUAUGUGGCCAGCAGUUGUUGUUAGUGAAUCAAAUUUUGGUCCUAAGAAGGCUUUGAAGCCCUCCCGGACAAAUGAAUCUAUCCUUGUACAGUUUUUUGGGACUCAUGAUUUUGCAAGGAUCAAGUUGAAACAGGCUAUUCCGUUUCUCAAUGGCCUCCUUUCCUCUUUGCAUCUGAAAUGCAAGCAGGCAAGAUUUUGUCAAAGCUUGGAUGAAGCAAAAAUGUAUUUGAUUGAGCAACAACUUCCGAAGAGCAUGCUGCAUUUGCAAAAGUGUAUUGAGGUUGAUGAUAUUAGGGCUGGGUCUGGAGAGGACGAAGGAGAAAAUUCUGAUGAUGAUCUUUCAGCAAGCUACACAAUUAGUGGGGGUGAACAUACUAAAGCCUCACCUAUUGAAAUAGGAAAUCUUUGUGUAACUAGCUUAGGAAGAAUAAUUUAUGAUUCGGAUUAUUUCCAUAGCAAGAAGCACAUUUGGCCUGAAGGAUAUACAGCAUUUCGGAAGUUCACAUCAUUUAAAGAUCCUAGUCUAGUCAUGUUGUAUAAAAUGGAAAUUUUGAGGAACCCUAAAAUAAAAACUCGGCCUUUGUUUAGAGUCACUACAGAAGAUGGGGAGCAGAUUGAUGGAUCAACUCCAAGUGCUUGUUGGAAGGAAAUCUUUAACAGAAUAAAGAAUAAGCAAUGCAAUGGGAUUCAAGUGGAACCUGAGGGAAGUGAUCUUCAUAAAUCUGGGUCUUGCAUGUUUGGAUUCUCCAACUCCCAGAUAGCCCAACUGAUCCAGGAACUUCCAAAUUCUAGAUUGUGCUCAAAGUAUUAUGAAAACAGUAGCGAUUCGUCCAUGGGAUACAGAGCUGUUCGCGUUGACUGGAAAGAUCUUGACAGAUGUGGUGUUUGCGACAUGGAUGAGGAGUAUGAGGACAAUUUAUUCCUGCAGUGUGACAAAUGCCGAAUUAUGGUUCAUGCCAAGUGCUAUGGUGAAUUGGAACCAGUGGAUGAAGCUAUUUGGCUCUGCAACCUAUGUCGGCCUGGGGCACCAAAGAGUCCUCCAAAAUGCUGUCUCUGUCCUGUUCUUGGUGGUGCAAUUAAACCUACAACAAAUGGUCGUUGGGCUCACCUCACCUGUGCAAUGUGGAUACCUGAAACAUGCCUUGUAAAUGUGAAGAGAAUGGAGCCCAUUGAUGGAAUAUGCAGAAUUCACAAAGAUAGGUGGAAACUCUUGUGCAGCAUCUGUGGGGUAGCUUAUGGAGCCUGCAUACAGUGCUCUCACAAUACUUGUCGAGUGGCAUAUCAUACUCUCUGUGCACGUGCUGCUGGCCUUUGUGUUGAGUUAGAGGAUGAAGAAAAAGUUCAUCUCAUGUCACUCGACGAGGAUGAUGAUCAAUGCAUCCGCUUACUUUCUUUCUGCAAGAAACAUAGACAGCCAUCAAAGGAAAGGCCGCCUACAGAUAACAGCUUAAGUUUACCCUCAGAGCUAGAUGCAAGUUUUGUUCCUGCACCCAAUGCUUCUGGCUGUGCAAGGAGUGAGCCAUAUAAUUUCUCUGGGAGACGAGGUCAGAAACAACCUCAGGUUCUUGACACUGCAUCUCGAAAACGAUUGUAUAUAGAGAAUCAGCCAUAUCUGGUCACAGGUUAUUGUCAAAAUGGAAAUGAUUGUGGUUUAUCAAGCAGUAUUUCUUCACAAGCUCAGUGCAUUAUGGAUGAUUCUAAUCAGAGUGCUUCUGAGUCUGAGAAGCAUGCUAGUGUUUGUUCAAUGGCUGAAAAGUACAGAAACAUGAAGACAACAUUCAGAAAGCGUCUUGCAUUUGGAAAAUCGAAAAUUCAUGGGUUUGGUGUUUUUGCAAAACUUUUGCACAAGGCUGGGGACAUGGUAAUUGAGUAUAUAGGCGAACUUGUUCGGCCAACAAUAGCAGAUAUAAGAGAGCGCUUCAUUUAUAAUUCGUUAGUUGGUGCUGGGACAUACAUGUUCCGUAUAGAUGAUGAGCGUGUAAUUGAUGCAACAAGGGCAGGAAGCAUAGCUCAUUUGAUUAAUCAUUCUUGUGAACCCAAUUGUUAUUCGAGGGUCAUAAGUGUUAAUGGUGACGAGCAUAUAAUUAUAUUUGCGAAGCGUGAUAUUAACCAGUGGGAGGAAUUGACAUAUGACUAUAGAUUUUUCUCAAGCGACGAACGACUUGCUUGUUAUUGUGGCUUUCCAAGAUGUCGAGGGAUUGUCAAUGACACUGAAGCAGAAGAACAGGUUGCCAAAAUCCAUGUACCUCUAAGUGAAAUAACUCAGUUGAAAGGUGAAUGAGGCUUAGUUUGGUCAAGCAUUUGAGCCUAGGAUUUCAUCGUCUCAUUCAUCAAUUGUUUCGGCCUUGUUACUUAUGCUUCUGACAAAUAGUCAGAUCGAUGAGUAUGAUUCGAUUAUCCUAAAUGAGAUGUUUUUUUUUCUCACCAAUACUUAUGUCGUCGAUUUCUUUAGUUGCAUGUGAUUGUUCCAUGCAUUUUAUUUUUUUAAUCUUGAUUACCUCCAGAGGGCGAAAGAAAAGCCUGUGUACAUAGUUCGAACCAAGAGUUAUUGAACGGCAUCUGUAUCUGUUAUCUUGUUCAAUUAUUUAUAUGACAAGUGCGUCUUCUUGUUCUGGUUCCA